CUUUCCCCCCAAGGGUUGCUCAACAGCCAAGAGAUUGUUGGCUCAUCCAACCCCUUUCAUACCACUAUGCGAUGCUUUGUGCUCACACCAAAUCUCAGGGAGGGAGCCAGGUGGUCUGGAUAUCAAAACAAGUAAAUGAUCCCAGAACCACUAGCUUAACUUUCCUGAGAAUGUGUCUCAGCGACAGAUGAGUAGCAGUACGAUGCCGAUCCCGAAGAGAAUGACAAACUAUUCCGGGCAUCAAAGAAAUGAGGGAGGUUGCACUAACGCGUUCCUGCAUAGCCGACUCCCUUGAGCCAAAAUCGACUGUAAUUCAGAUAUAAAGAGUACAAUGUAACCCCCCCAAACCAAAAUCUUUCUUCAUCAGCAUCUCUCAGCCUUCGUUCAAGUUUCAUUUACUACUUCCCAUCCAAUCACCCCACAAACCCACAAAGCCCUUCUUUAGAAUCUUCUGUCUUCGACAACCCCAAUACUUCAAGAUGCAGUACAUGACCAUCGUCGCUUUCCUCGCCGCCACCGUGGCCGCCGGUCCCCAGAUCAGGGCUUACCCUUCCAUUGAUCAGAUCACCGUCGCCCAGGCCAACAAUGCUUGCGGAAACAACAUGCAGGUCACCUGCUGCAACAAGGUCACCAACACUCCUGCCGGCAACGCUGUUGGCAACGGUGCUGGUAUCCUCAACAACCUGAGCCUGUUUGAUCAGUGCUCCAAGCUUGAUGUCAAUGUUCUGGCUAUUGCUAAUGGCCUCCUUAACAAGGAAUGCCAGGCAAACGCCGCCUGCUGUCAGAACAGCGGCGGAAGCGCCAACGGUGGUCUUGUCAACGUCGCCCUUCCUUGCAUUGCUCUCAGCAGCCUUAUCUGAGCGCUUCUGACCAUCACGCAUGGCCCCAGAGUUUGGAGUCCUUCGGUAUCUUUACAUUGGGUUACAUUCAUGCCAGUUUGGCGGCUCACAGUCUUUGUCUUCGUGUUCUUGGGCGACCGUCAAGUUCCAUUGCCUGAGUUGUGUAUUUGUUAUUGUUUUGUGGGGUAGUUGGGGGUGAGAAAAUGUGCUGUUGAUGGUAUGCAUCUCACGACAGGCCUCAUGGGUCUGCCAGGUGUAAUUCAAUCAUCGGCAAGGGCCAUAAUUUAGAAUUAGCACUCAAUCAUAUCAUUUCGCGGCAUUCAAAACAUCAUUGUCAUAUGUGAUUAGCCGGUCUCUUCAUUUGUCACAAUCAAGCACCACGACCAG